AUGAGAAAUAAAACAUCAGUGACAGAGUUCAUCCUCCUGGGACUGACUGAUGACCCAGAGCUACAAGCCAUGGUUUUCCUUUUUCUCUUUCUUACCUAUAUUUUGAGUGUGAUGGGAAACCUAAGCAUCAUCACACUCACCCUCCUGGACCCUCACCUCAAGACUCCUAUGUAUUUCUUCCUCAGGAACUUCUCCUUCUUAGAAAUAUCUUUUACAUCCGUCUGCAUUCCUAGAUUUCUGUUCAGCAUAGUAACUGAGAACAAUAUAAUUUCCUAUAAUUCUUGCAUGGCCCAAGUAUUCUUUUUAAUUCUUCUAGGUGCAACAGAAUUUUUUCUGCUGGCAGCCAUGUCCUAUGACCGCUAUGUGGCCAUCUGCAAACCCCUACACUACACAACCAUCAUGAGUUUCAAAGUCUGUAGUCAGCUUGUAAUCAGUUCUUGGCUGGCAGGUUUCCUCAUUAUCUUUCCACCAGUCAUCAUGGGCCUCCAGCUGGAGUUCUGUGACUCUAAUAUCAUUGAUCACUUCACCUGUGAUUCUUCUCCUAUGCUGAUGAUUUCUUGCACAGACACCAAAGUGUUAGAGGUCAUGAGUUUUUGCUUAGCUGUGUUCACACUCAUGUUCACUUUGGUAUUAGUGAUUCUCUCCUAUUCAUACAUCCUCAGAACUAUUCUGAGAAUUCCCUCUGCUCAGCAAAGGAAAAAGGCCUUUUCUACUUGUUCCUCCCACAUGAUAGUUGUCUCUAUAUCUUAUGGAAGUUGCAUUUUCAUGUAUGUCAAGCCCUCAGCAAAGGAAGGGGUAGCUUUGAACAAAGGAGUAGCAGUACUGAAUACCUCUGUUGCCCCUAUGCUAAACCCUUUCAUUUAUACCCUGAGGAAUCAGCAAGUGAAGCAAGCCUUUAAACAUGUGCUACAUGCCCACUGUGACCUCCAAUAA